AUGUUGUACCUAGUUGGUCUAGGUCUUUCCGAUGAGACGGAUAUUACCGUCAAAGGUCUCGAAAUCGUGAAGAAGGCUGAAAGAGUUUACCUUGAAGCUUACACCAGUAUCCUCCUCGUGGACCAGUCAGCACUGGAAUCCUAUUAUGGUCGUUCUAUCAUAAUUGCCGACCGUGAGAUGGUCGAGUCCAACAGCGACGAGAUCCUGCGCGAUGCCGCCAACGUCGAUGUGGCCUUCCUCGUCGUCGGAGAUCCGUUCGGCGCAACUACGCACACCGACCUUGUGCUGCGAGCGCGCGAACUGGGCAUCCCUGUGCGGACUGUCCCCAACGCGUCCAUUAUGUCGGCUAUUGGAGCUACCGGCUUGCAGCUGUACAAUUUUGGGCAGACUGUGAGCAUGGUCUUCUUUACCGAAACCUGGCGCCCUGCCAGCUUCUAUGACCGCAUCAAGGAGAACCGCGAGAUUGGUUUGCACACCCUCGUUCUGUUGGACAUCAAGGUGAAGGAGCCAAGCUUGGAGAACUUGGCGCGUGGCCGCAAGAUCUACGAGCCCCCGCGCUACAUGACGGUGGGCACUUGCGCGAGGCAGAUGCUGGAAAUCGAGGAAGAGAAAGGCCAAGGAGUGUACGGCCCCGACAGUUUGGCCAUCGGCUGUGCUCGGGUGGGCGGCAAGACCGAGAAGUUUGUCGCCGGCACCCUGAAAGAGCUCUGCGAUGCCGACGAUCUUCUUGGUCCGCCGCUCCAUAGUUUGGUGCUUCUUGGGAGGAGAACCCAUGAGCUCGAGCAUGAGUAUGUUCGAGAGUUUGCCAUCAACAAGGAGACUUGGGACAGGAUAUGGAAGGCUGAUUACCAGGGCAAGUACUAA